AUCAGCUUUUCUGUCAAAGAAAACAAAACAACGCGCAUUAUUCGUUUUCCCGUGAAAAGUUUGUGAAAAUUGUGAAAUUUAACGCGAAUUUACAUGUUUUUCGGGUCGCCGUAUCAUUUUCCGUAGAAACACAAACGUUCCGCGUCGGGUGCCAGUGGAGUUUUCGCUGAUUGAGCCCAAUGGGGGUCCGAAAGUGCAUCAUCAAGGAGUGCCCCUCGAGCUCGGCUCGGAAGGAGGACCGCGGCGUAACAUUUCAUCGCAUUCCGAUCAAGGAGGAUGUCAAGGGGUUGUGGAUAGAGGCUUGCCGGUUGCCGGAGAAUUUUAAAAUCAACAAAGGUUCAAAUGUGUGCAGCCGACACUUCCGGAAGGCAGAUUUUUCGGAUUUCAAGGGGAAGAAGUAUGUGCUGAAGCUGGGUGCAGUUCCGACGAUAUUUUCAUGGUCGAUUGUUUCCACCCCGAAGCGGGAGGUCAAAGAAGAGGAGGUACCGGAGAAGAAGGACGAGGUUAAGGAAGAGAAAAGCGACGAGGCUGUGAAGGAGGAACCGCAAAAGGAUGAGGCGGAGACAAAAGAGGAAGAACCGUGUGAAACGCCGGAAGCCAAGAAUGAACCGGAAGAGCAGAAAGAUGACGUGAAGGAAGUAAAAGAGGAGCAAAAGGUAGAGAUCAAGCACGAAGUGGCGGACGAUGAUGUUGUUCUGAAGGAGGAUGCUCUGGUAUCGCCGUUGUCAGCUUCAGCAAAAAAGAAAGCCCCAUCGAAGAAGAAGGCCACGCCUAAGCGAGCAUCUUCCAGUAGGGCUACGGGAUCGUCAUCGGCAAAGAAAGCCCGUCGUAGUGAUCCCACGCCAGCGUCAAAGGAGGGAAAGAAGGCUCCUCCUUCACCGCGUAAGUCGAUGCCAGCCGCAGCGAGCAGCAGUCAGUCGCAGAUCAAUUUCGCUCCCGGGACGAAAAUCGAAGCGCAGGAUUUUGCCGGAAAGUGGCAUCCAGCCAAGCUGCUGGAGGUCGACACAGAAGAGCGCGAGGUUCUGGUCCAAUUCGAUAAGAACGGUGCAAAGAGCAACUCGAAGCUGAACGAUGAAUGGAUUCCGAUGGAUAGUGUCCGCUUGAGACCUCUCCAGCAGCCGAAAACCCCCAGCAACGGGAAGGUCAAGUUUUCCAUCGGCGAGAAGUGUUUCGCCCGCUGGAGUGACUCGCGUAAAUUCCCGGCCACCAUUCAGGCCGUGCUGGAAAACGACAUGUACGAGGUGCUGUUCGACGAUGGAUUCGUGAAGGUGUGCAAAAUAAACCACAUCAGCAAGGUGAAGAGGCACGAGGUGGCCGGUGAGGUGGAGGACGCUUUGGGUACGCCCAUCAAACAGGAGGAGGAUGCGGAACCCUUGCCAGCACCGGUAACACCAGUGGCAGCGCUUCACAUCCCCCAGGUGGCCAAGGUCAGCGACUAUCCGGAGAUUCCCAAGUCCGGCGAAUGGUGCUGCCACUGGAUGAACGAUUUCCCCAUCGGGGAUGAGGCCGUUGUCGAAGUGGGAGGAGUCAAAGUACACAGCGUCAUCGUAGCCGAUUGGCGGCUCCCGGAAGGCUGGGUCAAACAUGUCUAUCAAAGGAUCACCACCUUCGGGAAGAUGGACGUGCUGUUGGUCAAUGCGGAAGGGCAGAUUUUCCGUUCGCGACAGGAGCUGAAAGCUUUCCUGGCCACAAAAGGUGAGACAUACGAUCCCAACGUGUUUGACUUUGGACUGCACAAGAAGCGCUCGAAGGAGCUGGGAUUCUGCCACUAUACUCAGGAGUACAAGGACUCUCUGCUUCCUCCUCCGGUGUUACCCGAACCGGUUCUUCUGAACACGGAAAUCAACAUCGGCUCGGUCAAGGUCAAGAUCAUCGAUAAUCUGCUGCAGUGUCCGGAGGUAGACUGCCUGAAGACCUUCCGGAAGGAGAACCAUCUGCAAAUUCACAUAAAACAUUACCACAAAGAGCUGGCCAAGGGACUGGGAGAGAUCCCAAAUAUGCAGGAUUUGGCCGCGCUACGGACUCCGGUGGAAAUUAUCGACACUCCACCGAAGAUGAGCCGGCGCAAGUCGAUUUCCAUGUCGGCGUCCAAGACCUCGCUGAAGGAGGAACUCCAACGGGACGAGUUGGUCAUUAAAAGCGAACCGGGCUUGGAGGACUUUGUGAAAGCUGAGGGAAAUAGUGAGGAAUCCUCUGAAACCGUUCUCAAAAAAGAAAAACUCGAUUCGAUUGAUAAACCAGCAGAGUUCUCGACCCCGGCGGACAUCAAACCGGACAUGGCCAACGUAUCCCUCCCAGCGGACGGCACCCCCUCCGGAUCAUUUGACGCGGAAGAAGCCAUCGAGUCGCUGGCCACCACAGCAACGACCAAAACAACGACCACCAAGGGUUCCACCAAGAUCAAAAUGUUCUCCAGCAAGAAGAAGAAGUACACCAAAAAGACCAAAGCCGCCGGUGGGUCGGUCACUAAGUCGGCAUCGGCUGCUGCCAAGAAGAAAAAGAAGCGAAAGCUGAAUGUGUCCAGGGCCGCCGCCAUGGAUUAUAUGGAAGCGGACGACACGCGGCAUUCGUUCGCUACGGCCGGCAACGAUAGUUUCUUCCGGCAUGGGUACAGCUUUGAUAAGGAUCUAGACAACAGCCAGAUGACAAAUGCCAGCAUUUGCGGACAGUUCGGAGAAGAUUCCAUCAAUGCGGCCGUCAACAGUCCGAGGUUCAUCAACGAGAACGGAGAAGUCAUCAAGAUCGUUUCGAUGAAGAAGGAAGAGAUCAUCAACUGUAUGUGCGGUUACGGUGAGGAGGAUGGAUUGAUGGUCCAGUGCGAGCUGUGUCUCUGCUGGCAGCACGGAAUUUGCAACGGAUUCGAACGGGAUAAUCAGGUUCCGGACAAGUACGUUUGCUACAUCUGCCGGAAUCCGCAAGGGGGUCGAGAAUCUCGCAAGUACAUUCACGAUCAGGACUGGCUGUACGAGGGUAAACUUCCGGUGGCCAGCUACCAUGCCCAGAACUCGAAACAUGCCACUAGAUUUGAUAUUCUGAAGCAAAGUCAUACCUUGGGUGGGAAUUUGCUCGAGCUGAAACGGUUCAUGCACAGUCUGAAGGUGAAGAUCAACAUCGCUGAGAAGAAGGAUCACCCGAAAAUGUACCUGUGGUCGAAAAAAUGGGAGAACAGUCCGCCUCGCGGCGGAAAUGGAGAUUUGUCGGGAAUAGUUCCGCUGAAUGCAGGUACGCCCCAGUCGGCAGUCAAAACCGAACAGAAGCCAGUUCCGAUCCCACAGAUUCCCGUCCCGGAAGCACCCAUUGAUCCGGCCGAAUGCCAAGCCAUUCUAUUGGAGCACAUCCAGAAGCAACAGAAUGCGGCGAUGGCUCGACUGCAGGCCAUUGAGGCACAGAUCAUAGCCCUGGAAGCGUACGACGACAAAUCGGAACUGCUGGAGUCGCCCACGGCCAAAAAUUAUCCCAAGACGAAGCAGACGAUCCACAUGCUGCUGAACGAUUUGGACAAGAUGAAGAAGAUCUCCGCUAUCCACCGUAGUGCACAGCAACCGCCAACUUACUAAUCCAGCAAAUACCUACUUUGAAACUUGAAUUUUAGCUGGUGUUUGUUCUUCACCCGUGACGGAUUGUAACUUGUAAGUACCUACCUUCUAUUUUCUUCGUAAUAGGAUCAUAUCUUCAAUCUAUAAAACAUA